AUGAACGAACCUACAUUUAAACUUCCUGAAAUAAUCGAUAAUGAUAGUGGGUGGGGUCCCUCACCCGCAAUGUUACCGGAGAAGUUCCGAGAUAUACCGUAUGCUCCAUAUAGUAAAGCUGAUAAAUUAGGAAAAAUUGCUGAUUGGUCUACUCCGGAACAGAAAGAAAAAGAAUCUUCUGGGAGGCAGAGAGCAAAUUACAGGAAUUACCGUGAUCAGUAUACAGCGUAUGGUUAUGGUGUAUCCAGUGCCUUUGUUUAUACACACGCCGAAGACGAAGCUUCGUUCUCAGUGGUUGAUAAUCGAUCAACUGCUCAAAAGAAAGCCUCAUCAUAUAGAGCUGCUGGUGGUACAAAGGGUCGAACAGGUGCAAGAGGACAAGCAUCUCGGAAUCUCAGGAAUGGACAAUUUCAAAGAUAUGGUAAUCAAAAUCGGAAUUCGCCUGGGGGUAGAACGAAUACCACUGCUCUCCGGAGACGAUACGGUUGGAAAGAUUAUGACAAGCCCCAACGUGCAAGAGAUGCUUCGGUUAAAGUGGGACCGGAAUGGAAAGUUCUUGAAGAGAUUGAGUUCAGUCGGUUAUCCAAACUUAAUUUGGAUGUAGAUGAUGGUGAAGAUUUAUCUUCACAUGGAUUUUUGUAUUUUUACGACAAGAAUUACGACCUUGUUCGAACAAAAAGUGAAAGAUUAUUACUUCCUAACGAGAAAGUUCGAUUCUUUAUAACUACUUCCAAGGAUCCUAUUAUUGAACAACUUGCAAGGGAUAAUGAAGCUACGGUUUUCGCCACUGAUUCUAUUCUAAGUUUACUUAUGUGUGCACCAAGAUCCGUAUAUCCUUGGGAUAUUGUUAUUAAUCGUAUAGGAAACAAGUUGUUCUUUGAUAAACGAAGUAACGGUGUUUAUGACAAGGAUAAUAUUAAUUCCCCUACCACGUUAGCAUUGGAAGCAACCUUAAUCAACCAUUAUUUUGCCUUACAAGUAGUAAAUGAAAAUGAAAAACAUGAAUUUGAAAAACCGAAUCCAUUUAUUAAUUCUCCAGAGGAUGCGGAAGAAAUGGCACCAUGCUCUUAUCGAUAUCGUAAAUUUGACCUCAGCAUUAAUGAAGACGAGGAUGUUUCAAUUAUUGUUCGUACACAACUUGAUUCUGCUAUAAAAGCUCCAACGGGUGGGGUUUCUUUCCUAACGAUUAAAGCUUUGAAUGAGUUUGAUCCUAGAGCUCAAGGAGCUGGUGGGGCUUUGGAUUGGCGACAAAAAUUGGAUACCCAAAGAGGAGCAGUUGUUACAACUGAAAUGAAAAACAAUAGUUGUAAAUUAGCACGUUGGGCAGUUCAAAGCAUUUUAGCCGGAGCUGAUCAAAUGAAAUUAGGAUAUGUUUCUCGUGCUUCUCCAAAGGACAAUCAAAAACACGUUAUAUUGGGUACCCAAAUGUAUAAACCGCGUGACUUUACAGCCCAAAUGAAUUUGUCCGUUUCAAAUGGAUGGGGAAUUGUUAGGACUAUCGUUGAUUUGUGUAUGAAAUUACCAGAGGGUAGAUAUGUGUUAAUUAAAGAUCCUAAUAAACCGUUAAUUCGUUUAUAUGGUGUUCCUGCUAAUACAUUUGAUGCGGAAGAUGAUUCAGCACUUGAUGAUGGUGAUGAAGUAGAGGACGAAGAGGAAGAAGUUUUGGAAAAACCAACCACUAACAGCGAAUUAUAA